AUGGAAGAUUGUACAAAAGCACUUUCAUUUUUACAACAAGCGCUUGAUCUUCAAUUUAAAUCACGUUCAGAAAAUCAUCCAUCUCUAGCUACAACUUAUAAUAAUCUUGGUUUAAUUCAUAAUUCAAUGAAAGAUUAUUCAACAGCAUUGUCAUUCUAUGAAAAAGCACUUGUUAUUCAACAAAAUUCUAAAUCAACUCGAGAUCAAUCAUUAGCAACAACAUAUUUCAAUAUGGGACUCACAUAUUAUUCGAUGAAAACUUAUUCAACAGCUAUUUCAUUAUUUGAGAAAGCAUUAGCAAUACAACAAAAAUUAUUGCCAUCGGAUCAUCAAGAUUUGGCGAAUACUUAUUAUAACAUUGGUCUAACAUAUGACGCAAUGAAUAAUUAUCAAAAUGCAAUUUCAUAUUAUGAAAAAGCGUGUACAAUUCAUGAAAAAGAUCCUGCUAAAAAUGCUUCAUCAUUGGCUAAUGUCUAUAGUAAUAUUGGAUCAACUUAUCAUUCAAUGAAAAAUUAUUCAGAUGCUAUAAAUUAUUAUCAAAAAGCAAUAGCCAUUCAAGAGAAAAUACUUUCGGCUGAUGAUCCAUCCUUGGCAACAACUUAUAAUAAUAUUGCAAUUGCUUAUGAUUUUGUAGAUGAUAAACAAAAUGCUCUGUUAUUUCAUCAAAAAGCACUUGUUAUUCGAGAAAAAGUUCUCUCUGCCAAUGAUCCAGCAUUAGCUUCGACAUAUAGAAAUAUUGCAUCUAUAUAUCAUUCAAUGAAUAAUUAUUCAGACGCUAUCAGUUAUUAUCGAAAAUUAAUAACAAUUGAAGAGAAAAUACUUUUACCUAAUGAUUCAUCCUUGGGCACAACUUAUAAUAAUAUUGCAACUGCUUCCGAUUUUAUAGAUGAUAAACAAAAUGCUCUAUUAUUUCAUGAAAAAGCACUUGUCGUUCGAGAAAAAACACUCUCUCCUAAUGAUCCAUUAUUAGCUGCAACGUACAACAAUAUUGCAUCUAUACAUCAUUCAAUGAAAAACUAUUCUGAUGCUGUGAAUUUUUAUAGAAAGGCAAUAACAAUUGAAGAGAAUAUACUUUCUUCGGAUGAUCCAUCAUUGGGAACUACUUAUAAUAAUAUUGCAGUUGCUUAUGGUUUUAUUGAUGAUCAACAAAAUGCUCUGUUAUUUCAUCAAAAAGCACUUGUCAUUCGAGAAAAAGUUCUCCCUAACAAUGAUCCAGCAUUAGCUGCAACGUAUAGAAAUAUUGCAUCUAUAUAUCAUUCAAUGAAUAACUAUUCUGAUGCUGUGAAUUUUUAUCGAAAAGCUUUAACAAUAAUGGAACAAACACUUUCUCCUGAUGAUCCAUCCUUGGGAACAACUUAUAAUAAUCUUGCUGUCGCUUAUGAUUCUAUGAAUGAUAAAACAAAUGCUCUGCUAUUUUAUCAAAAAGCAUUAGCUAUUCGAGAAAAAAUACUUCGUCCUAAAGAUCCAUCAUUAGCUUCAAUAUACAGUAGUGUUGCCGUGAUUUAUUCAUCUAUGGAAAUGAAAACAGAAGCUGCUCAAUUCUAUGAGAAAUCACUCAAUAUUCAAGAAUCAUUAACAUCUCCUAAUCAUUCAUCAAUGUAUGUUAUUCAUUUCAAUACAGCAAGAAUAUAUGAAGAUCUUCGAAAUUAUGAUGAAGCUCUUAAACAUGCCGAGCGUUCUCUCUCUCAUGCUCGUUUGGCUUUCGGUUCCGACCAUGAAAAAGUACGAAAUGUUGAAAGAUAUAUUAACAUUCUACGUUCAUCAAAAUAA